AUUUAAUAAAAAUUAUACACCCAGCUAUAUACAUACAUACACACACAUAUAUAUAUACCUAUGGCUUAUCAAAUAACAGUACUCUAUUUCGCAGCAGCACGCGAUAUAACCCAGCGUCCAUCCGAAACACUCACUGUUGACUCAGACUGGACACUAGCUCGAUUAACAGAAAAGCUUGUGGAUAUGUACGGAAGUCCACUGGAAAAGAUUCUUGGGACAUCAAUGUAUGCGGUGAACAUGGAUUACGUAAGCAGCUCGGAUGUAUCGACAACAAAUCUCAAACCGCACGAUGAAAUCGCUAUUAUUCCACCUGUAAGCGGUGGAUAAAGAAAUAAGGCAAAAGGUUUUGAUGAUGUUACUCAUAUUUGUAUAAAAAAAUGAGAAUUUACUUAUUAUUAUUAUU